CCUGGCAGCCUCAGCCUGGGGAUUUUGGAGUGAUUGCUAAUGGGCAAGGUAUUUGGGUUCCUGAGGAAACCCUGCCAGUCAGUCCAGGCUGGCUCUCAGCAGUUCCCAGCAGAACCUGUUGAAAUGAAGGAGGAAAACAACACCAUGAAGAAGAGAGAGAAGCAAAGAGAACGUCUGGGUGCUGGGGACUACCCUCAUGGCCUAGUUGGUUUACACAACAUUGGACAGACCUGCUGCCUUAAUUCCCUCAUUCAGGUAUUCAUAAUGAACAUGGACUUCACCAAGAUAUUGAAGAGGAUAACAGUGCCAAAGCAAGUGGAAGAGCAGAGGAGGAGUGUCCCCUUCCAGCUGCUUUUGCUGCUGGAGAAGAUGCAGGACAGCCGGCAGAAAGCAGUGCGACCCAUGGAGCUCGCUUGCUGCCUCCAAAAGUACAACGUGCCGCUGUUUGUCCAGCAUGAUGCUGCUCAGCUUUACCUCACAGUCUGGAACCUAAUUAAGGACCAAAUUACUGAUGUGGACUUGGUGGAGAGGCUGCAGGCUCUGUACACAAUCCGGAUGCAGGAGACCUUGGUUUGCCUUGACUGUACUGUGGAAAGCAGCAGAAACAGUAGCAUGCUAACCCUCCCCCUUUCUCUUUUUGAUAUGGACUCAAAGCCCCUGAAAACACUGGAGGAUGCCCUGAACUGUUUCUUCCAGCCCAGGGAGUUAUCAAGCAAAACCAAGCUCUUCUGUGAGAACUGUGGGAAGAAGACCUGUGUGAAACAGGUCUUGAAGCUGAUCCAUUUGCCCCAGACCUUGACAAUCCACCUCAUGCGGUUCUCCAGCAGGAAUUCACAGACUGAAAAGAUCUUCCACUCACUGUAUUUCCCUCAGAGCUUGGAUUUCAAUCAGGUCCUUCUGAUUAAGCAAGACCUCUGUGAUGCUGAGAAACAGUGUGGAGGACAAUAUGAACUCUUUGCUGUGAUUGCCCACGUGGGAAUGGCUGAUUUUGGUCAUUAUUGUGCCUAUAUCCGGAAUUCUAUGGAUGGAAAGUGGUUCUGCUUCAAUGACUCCAAUGUUUGUUGGGUGUCCUGGGAAGAUAUCCAGUGUACCUAUGGAAAUCGUAACUACCGCUGGCAGGAAACUGCAUAUCUUCUGGUUUACAUGAAGAUUGAGUCCUAAUGAAUAUACCAUAAAUCUUCAGAGACUGACAAACUGUCAUUUUCCUUUCUAUUCCUGGAUCUGUUGACUCUUCUAAGAGAUUUUGCAAUAAGGAAAAAGCAUCAUUUUCAAACUGUAUAAUUAAGCCUUAUUUUCAAUUGGGGUGAUUAUCAAAAUAUUUAACAAAGACACUACACAAGGCCUGAUCUGUCAGAAUAGAUACUUUCCCCAGUGGACCCUGGCUGCAUGGCUGGAUCAGGUUCCUGGGCGCUUCUUGCUGUGCAAGGCAUUAGCCCUGUAGUUGGGAGAUUAUGGGGCAUCCAGGUGCUCCAAGGGAGGAGAGCAGUGGUAGUGGGAGGUGUUUUGGUGGCAAGAGGAAGUAGUAUGGAAGUAUAUCAAUAUUUUACAACGGGUGCGACUGUACUGGUACGUACUGGCUGAAUACCAGUCCCGUUUAUAAUUUUUAUUUUUAGAAUCCAUAUUAAUUCUAUGUAAAUCAAAUGUUUUGUAAUUGUUAUUCAUUUGUUAGGCAAAUGUUUAUUGAUUACCUCUUUUCCAUAAGAUAGUGUGCUAGACACAAUAAUGAAUAAAGUUUUUUUCCCCCCAAUA